AUGAAGUUUGCGUACAUGAGGAUGAAGGACAGCACCCGCGACAAGCAUGCUGUCACUGCUUCAUUCUUCUUCAACGCUCGAGGUACAGACCUUGAAAAAUCGACAUCUGGGAUGUAUCGGUCAUUACUGCUUCAACUGCUUCAAGGGUACCCGGAUCUUGAGGUUGUCCUGGAUAAUGCCGAACUAUUUCCUCAACAUCAAGAUGGCUGCCCUCCGCUGAAUGUUCUGAAGGAUACAUUUGAGAAUGCGGACAUGGUCCAAUAUUUCGAAGCCCUGACCCAAACAUCCACUGAAAAGGGCAUCUCAUUCCGAAUCUGCUUUUCAAGUCGACACUAUCCCUAUAUUUCCAUAGAACGUGGGAUCCGGCUCACACUUGAGCAUCAGUCAGGUCACGCGCAAGACUUGGAAACCUACCUCAAAAGCUGCCUUAAAAUCAGAGAGCCUAGGCUUAUCGAAAAGUUGCAUCCAAAAAUUCUCCGAAAAGCCGCAGGGGUGUUCAUGUGGGUCGUUUUGGUUGUUGGAAUUCUAAAUAGAGAGUAUGGACUGGGUGGAUUGGCCUUGGAGAAGAGACUCGAAGAAUUGCCCAGUGAUCUGAGCGAACUAUUCAAAAACAUCUUGAGGCGUGACAAAAACAACUUGGAGGGCUUCCAGCUCUGUAUCCUCUGGAUUCUGUACGCAAAGAGACCCCUGCGGCCUCAGGAGCUCUACCAUGCUCUCUGGAUUGGGUUGUCCCCGAAGGACUUGGUCGACGGUCAGAUCCUAGAUGCCACUGUCUCGAGUGUUGGUGCUGGACCGGAAAAAUGCAUGAUAACCAGAUCUGCUGCUGGUUACUCAAAAGGACUAGCCGAGACCACGGAAGCCACAAGGUCUAGCGAGCCUAUUGUGCAAUUUAUCCACGAGUCCGUCCGAGACUUUCUCAUCAAGGACCGAGGUUUAUAUGAGCUGUGGCCUGAGCUUGGAUUGGACUGCGAAGGUCUAGGUCACGAGAAGCUCAAACAGUGUUGCAACCUCUAUGCGAAUCAUGAUCUGAUCCGUAAAUCUGUCACGAAUUUACCGCCGGAGUCUGACGUCGACCGGCGAACGGAAGCUUUGACGGAAUGCCCAAAAGAAUACCCGUUUCUGGAGUAUGCCACUCAGCAUAUUGUCUUCCACGCGAAUGCAGCGGCGAAAGUCGUCCCUCAAGACGAAUUUUUGUCAUCGUUUGCUGUCUUAGACUGGAUCGAAGCGAGCAAUGCUUUCGAAAAAGUAAAGAAAAACAGGUAUAGCCGGAAUGGAAGUCUGUCUUACAUCCUAUCAAACAAAGGAUGCCCCGAGCUCAUUCGCGCGAGGCCCAAAGAAGAUCCACAUACCCAGGUGCGUGGGGAGAGAUACGACUAUCCGCUCUUUGCUGGUUUGGCCAAUGGCGACAAAGAUACCGUUGCUGCUAUUUUGGACUCCUCCUCCAGCUUUUAUGAGGGCAUCAGUCUCACAGAAGGUCUCAACCACAGGAAGGACUUCAAGGAUUUCAAAUGUCGAACACCGUUGAUUUGGGCGGCCCAAGAGGGCCGGACAGGCAUUGUGAAGCUUCUCCUCCAGAGAGGGGUCGACAUCAACGGUAUGGAUACUAAGUGGGGAACACCACUUAUUUGGGCCUUAAAAUGUGGCUACGAGACAUUUGCAAGAUUUCUCGUUGAAAGGGGAGCCGACGUCAAUGCUAGCGUGAAAGGUGGGCCAAAACCCCUGCAUUUAUCCGUGCAGGGGGGUCAUGAAGCAAUGGCACGGCUUUUAAUUGACAAGGGCGCCAACGUCAAUGACAGCACAAGCUCGGGAGAGACAAUCCUACAUUCUUCCGCGACUAGUGGUCAUGAGAAAAUAGCAAGGCUUCUUGUUGACAAGGGUGCUGAUGUCAACGCCAGAGAUGAUGAAAGAAGGACACCUCUACAUAAUUCCGUGUUUCGUGGUCAUGAGGCGUUGGCCAGGCUUUUUAUGGAUCAGGGCGCCGAUGUCAAUGCCGUCAAUAAGUAUGGAUCCACGCCCCUACUGAAUGCAUCCUCGGAACAUGGUCAUGAGGCGAUAGCAAGCCUCUUGAUCGACAAGGGCGCCGAUGUCAAUGCCCGCAAUGAUUAUGGAGAUACACCCCUACAUACAUCCUUAAAAUACGGUCAUGAGACAAUAGCAAGCCUUUUGAUCGACAAGGGUGCUGAUGUGAAUGCCCAAAAUGAGUGGGGAGACAUACCCCUACAUACAUCCUUAAAACGCGGUCAUGAGGUGAUAGCAAGCCUUUUGAUCGACAAGGGCGCCGAUUUCAAUGCCCGCAAUGAUUGUGGAGAUACAUCAUUACAUACAUCCUUAAUAUAUGGUCAUGAGGCAAUAGCAAGCCUUUUGAUCGACAAGGGCGCCGAUGUCAAUGCCGUCGAUCAGGAUGGAUACACACCCCUACAUGCAUCCUCGGAACAUGGCUUUGAGGCGAUAGCAAGACUUUUGAUCGAAAAGGGCGCCAAUGUCAAAGCCAGACAUGUGUAUGGAUGGACACCACUCCAUCUCUCCGCGCGUCGUGGCCACGAGACAAUAACAAGGCUUCUGGUUGACAAAGGAGCCGAUGUGAAUGCUCGCGAUAAAGAAAGAAAGACACCACUUCGUCCAUAUGGGAUUAGUUGCAACAAGGCAAUAACGAGGCUUCUCCUUGAUAUGGGGGCCAAAAUUGACAUCUGCGAUGAGGAAGGGUGGACAUUCCUGCAACAAUGCUUGAAGCAUGGCAACGACGAAAUAGCAACACUACUUAUUGAGAAAGGCUCCUUCUUCGAUGUCAAUACCAGUGAUAAAGAUGGGUGGACACCACUUCAGAGGGCCCUGAAUGUUGGAAAACGGCUAGGACCAGGCGUUGAAACACAGGGUGCCGUCUUGCAGUCUCGUACAGGUGCAGAACGCUUGGCAGCCGCAAGCAUACGCUAG